CCACUCGGAAACACAACCCCCCAAGCAACACAAAACGGUGCGUGCACCUCGAUUUCGCAUUUGACAUUCACUGUUCUUGCUUUGGGAACGACACUUGGAGCAAGUUCAAGAUGAUCCAUCAAGAGCACCAUCCGCAUGGACACCACCGCCACUGAUGGGGCCCUCGAUUUGGAUGCGAGCAAAAGGACGGAUGGCUGUUAUUCUUGCCAUCGCAUUCCUAGAUUGGAGCGCCUUCAUGAGCUGGCUCUUCUGGGUUCAGUUGUGUUAUCAAAAUUACAUGUCGCUUACACCGAUGCAAACUAUGGUCCGGCUCAUUCCAGCGCCUGUUGUUGGCUGUCUGUGCACCAUGUUCGUUGCAAUAGUCAUUGCCAAAUUGCCUUUGGUCGUCUUUGCAUUGGAACGCUACUGAAAGCAUCUGCCGGCAUCCUAUUUGCACUGAUUGAUGCAUCUGCCACGUACUGGGCAUUUGGCUUCCCGUCCGCGCUUCUUGUCGUGUUUGGGACUGAUUUCGCGUACUCCUCUGGUACACUUUUCACCGUCAAAAUUGCACUCCCACAUGAGCAGAGCGUGGCCGGAGCGCUGUUCCAAACUAUGACACAGGUCCGGGUCUCUAUCCGGAGCUCAGCAUGAAACCGAUUGGCUAACUUGCACAAUGUCCAAUGAGGAAUGCAGUGUGCUUUUCCUUUCAAAGCUCCAUCCCCAACCUGGAAUUGCGUCAUGGAGAGUACUUGACCCAGUCUAG